UUCUCCUCCACUUCCUCUCCAUAGUCAAUGUUGUUGAUGGAUGGCGGGCCCAAGGACGACAGACUGGCUGGUGUCCAGGGCGGCCUGUGCGGUGUGGCCAAGAACGACGCCCAGCACACGACGACAUCCUCCCCAAUCGUCCCGCUGCUCCCUCCCCUACCGGAUCCAGUCUCAGGUCAACGCCAUCAUACGAGGCCAAAAAUGGUUGUAGAAGGAGAUGCAACUCCUAGAAGGAGAGGGUUUUUUUGCGGGGUGGAGGAGCUGGUGUACAUUUGUGCACAUAAUUCUCAGCUGCAAAGUCACAUAUACUAUUGUGUGGAAAGAUCAAAGGAAGAAAACACCUGCAUGCCAGAUUUUUGUCUACAAAUUAUUCCAGAUCUGCUGUUAGUUCACUUUGAUUCAUCUGCCAUGGCAGCUUUGGCAAUGGAGAUCUAG